AUGACCACAAAUGUUAUUCGGAAUAAUGGACUCUGGAUUAUUGGUUGUAGUUCGGCAGUUUCUCAUGUGAUUUUGAAAUGUGUUGUUUGUCGUAGGUUACGGUGUUCCUUUGAAGGUCAAAAAAUGGCCGACUUGCCAUCUGACCGUCUAGAACCAUCUCCCCCAUUCACAUAUUGCGCAGUAGACUAUUUUGGUCCAUUUUAUGUUAAGGAAGGGCGAAAGGAAAUGAAGCGCUAUGGGGUUCUGUUCACUUGUCUAACUUGCAGGGCAGUUCACGUUGAAACGGCUACGUCCUUAGAAACUGAUUCAUUCAUAAACUGUUUAAGACGGUUCAUUGCAAUUAGGGGUCCGAUUCGUCAGCUUCGUUCUGACAGAGGCACUAAUUUUAUAGGUGCUGAAAACGAAUUAAAGAGCUCACUUGCAGAAUUACCAGUAGAUAACGACCAAAUAAAACAGUUCUUAUUAAGGGAAGGUUGUGAUUGGUUCGAAUGGAAAAUGAAUGUCCCUGCUGCUAGCCACAUGGGCGGCGUGUGGGAGCGUCAGAUUCGUUCUGUAAGAAGUGUCCUAGCCACGCUGUUACAUACUCAUGGCAAUUCGUUAGAUGAUGACAGCUUAAGAACAUUUUUGUACGAGGCUGCAUCGAUAGUCAAUAGUCGUCCGCUCACUGUCGCAAAUGUAAAUGACCCAUUAUCUGUCACACCAUUGACGCCCAAUCAUUUGCUCACUAUGAAAACUAGUAUUAUUCUUCCUCCACCAGGUAACUUUCAGACAAAUGAUAUGUAUUGCAAGCGUCGAUGGCGUAGAGUUCAGUUUUUACUGAAUCAGUUCUGGACCAGAUGGAGGAACGAAUAUCUACAAAACUUGCAGGUACGUAAGAAAUGGACAUCUGUAAAAAGAAACCUGUCAAACGGUGAUAUUGUUCUAGUACGUGAUGAUAAUCUAGCAAGAAAUAAUUGGAAAAUAGGGCGAGUACAGGAGGUGUUCAAAGACUCGGAUGGACUUGUACGUAAGGUAAGACUUGCUUUGGGUACGGCGUGUUUGGACAAAACUGGUAAGCGCAAUAAUCCUAUUGUGUAUAUGGAAAGACCAAUCCACAAGUUAGUGUUGUUGAAGGAAACCGAGGAGAUCCCCGUCGAGGAGCCUUGUUAA